AUGUCUCCACACAACUCUAUACCUUCGCCAUUUCAACUCUACUCUCAACCCACCAUCUGUAUCGCCAAGGCUUUACUUCGCAUUGUCCACCUCUUCCUCGCCUAUUCCGCUCCCAUCUCUCAUCUCAUCACCAUCGUCAUCUUGGGAUUGACUUAUACUCAAUCAUGGCCCUCAACACUCAUCUUCUCUUGGGCUCUGGCUUUUCUUUUUGCCUAUUCUUUCGCCGACUCGUUGUGCCACCUUCACUUCCUCUACUGUCUACGGAUUUUGAACAGCCCCGACUUUGCGAUCCCUCUGAUUUACCCAUCUCCAUCUGAGAGGGAGCGCGUUCUUCGUGGGGUCCUUUCAAGUUUUCAGACUGGAGAUGAGACCAGGGAAUGUUUUAGUCAAUGGUUCUACCAUCCUAAUCCGUCUGUCUCGAUUUGGGACGGAAGAAGUGGUCAAGUUAAAUUUGAAGAUAUCCGUCUUGAGAAUGUCAAAGAAUUCGUGUCCUCGAUCCUCUUUUCGUCAAUUCCUGAACAACUUGAUCAGGCACGCACGCAAGAACUUGAAGAGGACAUCGAAUUAAUCGAAUCGGUUCUUGAUUAUCAAUUUCCUCAAGGUCGCAACUCAUCUGUGCAAUGCUUACGACCCAAUCUUGAACCUAUCAAAGCCGAAUAUCGACCGUUGAUGUUUUACAUCAUCAUUCAUACCAUUCGACUUUGUUUCAAUGUUGCCUUUUAUGCAUUUGGAUUUCGAAAAGGCACUGUUCAAACACCUGGCGGCCCCUUCGGUUACUGGUACCACCCUGGCACUCUAGAACCAAGUCAGACUGCACCCCGACCUGUUCCUCUCGUCCUGAUCUCUGGCUUGGGUGGCAUAAUCACGCUGUUCAACUACGCAAUUGGUUUACUUUGGCGCACCAAAAGACCAAUGUUCUUGGUAGGCAAUGAAAGUGUUUCGCUCAACAUGUUCUCGACCGUUCACAAACUCAUGAACAUGGGUACCCCGGAAUCACAUAAUCAGGACGAAGAUGAUUUGAAGGCAGAGACCGCUCGAAACAAACGAUGGCACAACGUCCCACAUUCAUCGAACAUGCGGCCAAUGGUUUUAUCUUUGCACGAGCAGACUAUGGGUGUGCGCAAGAUGCUACGUCAACACGGCUUUUGUUCGAUCUCGCAGUCAUCAGCCCAGCAGAACGGUGGUGCUUUUGUGAUUGGUCACAGUCUCGGAACUCUCUUGACCAGCUACCUCGACCGGGAAGCGAGUGACUGGGUAGUUGGGACUAUCGCGAUUGAUCCGAUCUCUGUUCUGACCUUUUUGCCAGACUUGGUACGAACCUUUGUGUAUGCUCAUCCGACUACACUAGGAGAGAUGCUUGUGCGACUGCUCGCCCGUGAGAUCGGCAUCUGCACGAUUAUACAACGUCACUUUUAUUGGUUUCAAUUCGUUACACUUGACCCUACGCCCCGCACCCACUACAUCCUAUCAGAGGAUGACGCGCUGGUCAAUCACCAAAAAGUCGUUUCCUACCUCGCCCGGCAUAGCAUCCCUACUACCACACUCGAAGGCACACCGCAUGGAGGAUUCUUAUUCCACCACUUACCUGCGGUGCUUGAACUUACCGUCAAGUUGAUGAAGCAGGCCACACCAGGACCGUCGACGCCAACUCGGCUACCCAGAAAGAUGUCACGGGUCGCCUUUCAAUUCCCUGCUCCCAUCCUUAUUCAUCGGCCUGCUCCGAGCACGCCCGGUACCACUCCUCCCACCACCACCCCUUCGUCUCCUAUGGAUGUAUCUGGAACAGUUGGCAUGACAGUCAGCUUCAGUUUCACAUCCCCGCCACUUAUGGCUCUCGCUAGUCCGCCCGCCUCCACAACUCGUCGUCGGAUCGCUCGUCGGUUAAGCUUGACUCAGCCUCUACCAAAAAUUUAA